CGUUAAGGGGAGGAGAGGGAUGACGCGGUUUGCGUCUGGAGCAGCUCCUUGGAGUCCACGGCAUCCACAGCCUGAGCCUCGCCUUCCUUUCUCCCUCUGCAGACACACCGAGACACAAAAGCCAGUGCGAGAGACCCAACAGCAUCAUGACCGAAACCACCAAGACCCACGUUAUCCUUUUGGCUUGUGGUAGUUUCAAUCCCAUCACUAAGGGGCACAUUCAGAUGUUCGAAAGAGCCAGGGAUUAUUUGCACAAGACUGGAAGGUUUAUUGUGAUCGGUGGAAUUGUUUCUCCUGUCCACGACUCCUACGGAAAACAGGGCCUGGUGUCUAGCCGACAUCGUCUGAUCAUGUGCCAACUGGCUGUCCAGUCUUCUGACUGGAUCAGGGUGGACCCCUGGGAGUGUUACCAGGACACGUGGCAGACAACUUGCAGCGUGCUAGAACACCAUCGGGACCUCAUGAAGAGAGUGACUGGCUGCAUCCUUUCCAAUGUCAACACACCUUCCAUGACCCCGGUGAUUGGACAGCCACAACACGAGACACCCCAGCCCAUUUAUCAGAACAACAAUGUGCCCACUAAGCCCACUGCAGCAAAGAUCUUGGGGAAGGUGGGAGAAAGCCUGAGCCGAAUUUGUUGUGUCCGUCCGCCGGUGGAACGUUUCACUUUUGUCGAUGAGAAUGCCAACCUCGGCACAGUGAUGCGAUAUGAAGAGAUCGAACUCCGCAUCUUGCUGCUCUGUGGCAGUGACCUCCUGGAAUCCUUCUGUAUCCCUGGGCUAUGGAAUGAGGCUGAUAUGGAAGUAAUAGUUGGUGACUUUGGAAUUGUGGUGGUACCUCGGGAUGCCGCAGACACAGACCAGAUCAUGAGCCAUUCCUCCAUACUCCGCAAGUACAAGAACAACAUCCUGGUGGUGAAGGAUGACAUCAACCACCCCAUGUCCAUUGUCAGCUCCACCAAGAGCAGACUGGCCCUGCAGCACGGAGAUGGACACGUUGUGGACUACCUAACCCAGCCCGUCAUUGACUACAUCCUCAAGAGCCAGCUGUAUAUCAAUGCCUCCGGAUAGACCCUGUUAUUCCUGCCGCCACCUCCUUAUGCCCCCCCAACCCUGUUGCAGCAAUUCAGCCCUUGUGCUUUCUUCUCCUCCUGUUCUCUGCCACUCUUCCGGUCUGUCUGUCUGUCCAUCUGUUUCUCUCUCCCCGCCCCUUGGUCUUUCACUGUCUCCCCAUUGGUCUGUCCUUCUCACUUGCUGACUGUAAUACCCCCAGGACAGGGCUGUGCCAUGAACUUUGGUACUUGGUACAAGGAAACCCUUCUCUGGUCAUCUUUGGACAACCUUUCUGCUUGUUCCCUGGUUGGGGGUAGACCACAGUUGGGGAGGGCAAAGUGCUGCCCAUAGAGGUAUUUUGAUGUCCGUUUCCCAGCAUGCUCUAGGGAGGCGGCUCUGGUGCCCACCUUCCCAGCAUGCUCUAGGGUGGUGGCUCUGGCCCUCGCCCUCCUAGCAUGCCCUUUAUCCCAAAGGGCCGGCCUUUUUUUCCCUCCCACUUCUCAUAGACCUUGGAUGAAAUUGGUGUCUCUGGUUCUUUUUCUUUGAUCUCAUUUCUUUGGCAUUCCUUCUGUUUUGAUGUCCUACUCCAUUCAGCCUCAGCUCUCAUUAUUGGGGGAGCCCAGCCCUUCCAGGGACACCCCCAAAUAUGAACCUCAAGCAAUGAGGUGGAACACUCUUUUUUUGGCCAAGAGUGAACCGCUUGGGUUUUGAAGUCCCAGGAGAUAGAAAAUUUCUACAAUUGUGAAGUCUGGAAAUGUUUUCCCCAGGACUUUGAACCUAUUUCUUCAGGUUUUGGUUUUAGGAGAUGAUUUUCCUGCUCCAAAACUGAAUCAUGGCUGAACCUCUAUUUUAAACAAAGCCGGUCCUCACACAUUUUGGAAGGUCCAACCAUAGAGCUUUUGGGUUAUAAAUGGAAUGAGAAUUAGUGGGAAGGGUGGGGACUGUUAGUCAAAAAGUGCUUGUGGAGUACCCACCUCCUUCAGCUCAUUGUACUAAGCCCGUCUACACCAAACUUAGGCACACGCCUGGUUCACUUAUGCCGGGUAAAAUCCUAAUAAUGCAGCAAUUUCUAAAAUAAAUAAGUUAAGUGGUCAUCCAGCCUUGGAUAUCCUUGAGAAUCUGGUUCUUCUAUGGCCCAUGUCUAAUGUUAUAAUGCUUCCCUGUGUGUAUAAGAUACUCAGAUAAUGAUGGUGAAUCCAUAAGCUCAAUGACACGGGCACUUCUUUCACUAGUACAGAUUAUGACCUAUUAACAUCAUAUCAUGAUCUUGAAAAAAAAUUAAACAAAAACACAAUGACCCUAAUCCUGGUUGGGAUAAUCCAGGGUUUAACUUUUUUUUUUUGAUGGAGUAGAAAUAGCAUUCUAGUGUUUCUGUAAGGCUAGGUAAAGGUCUUCUAGGAAUUUAAGAAACAUCAGUUUUCAACUGAAUUAAAUCUGCCUUAAUAGGAACACUAUUCACAUAAUAGGACUCUCCAUGGGAGCACUGAGCCUGCAGAAAACCUAUUUAGAUGCAUGGAUUUAAGUUCCCUCUUCCAUUUCCUCUCUACUGUUCACCCUUGAAGGGGCUCAAGGCCAGUUUCCAAAGUCAUGGAGUCUGCUUAGAGAGCUAGGAUGGGUGAUUCCCACUGACUGUCCAUUCCUUUCACUUGGUUUCCCAUCUUGGGCAAAUCUGGUUGACUUUGAAGAAGGGUCUUACAACAAUGGAGGCUUUUCAUCAAAAUUCCACGGCAGUGAUUGGCUCUUGCAAGUCUGGAAGGGAGUGAAAUCCAAGAACAAUUAGUUAGUCAAUACCUUGUCUCCUUGGAUACAAACUUUCACGUUCAUGACUAUAAUUAAGAAGAUUUCAGGCCAGUUUUCUUAGAACACAUGGGGAUGGGGGGGGUAUAAACUUAAGUCGGAUAAAGAGAAACUGAAAAAAGAGAAAGUUUCAUCUUCUAUCCCACAAAUACAUUGGGGGAUAGGGAAGAACUGUGAAGACAGAAAGAACCUAAGAGAUUAUCUAGUCCAAAUUAACCCUACUUAAGCAGAAGACAGACUAGCAAGGUAUUAAGUUUAUCCAGAAGUAAUGUAAAUGGAAUGAGGCUGAUACCAGGGGAAUUGGGGUUUCCUACCAGCAAGGAUUUCUUGAUUAUGAAUAGACUAAGGGAAGAUGAUGAGGGUCCAUCAUUAGGAACAAAACUUAAGACCUAGCUAUGAGUCAAAUGGGGCAGUUCCAUGAUGAAGUAGAUACCUUUUUCUAUCUUUUAAGCUCCUAAGAGUAUAGGUAUGAAGCCAGAAAGGAUCCCGAUGACCAUAUAGUCGAAUUUCUUCAUCUUUUAAAUGAGGAAACAGGAAAUUUAAUAAUUUGCCCAAGGUCAUGAAAGAGGGAAAUAUGGAAAGAGGGAUUUGAACCUAGGUUCAAUAUGACUUUAUAGAUUAUAUUUUUCCAGUGCAUUAUGCUGCAGGUCUCGGGUAGGGCUCAAACUCCAUUUGCUCUUCCCGCCUCUCAUUAAGGAGCAAUUGUUGGUGUAGAGGAAACAUUGAAGGCAUGUUACAGAUGGAAGAAGUAGAUCAAGUAAAGUUCCAGAAAAGAGAAUCAGGUCAGAACCGACUCUGGGAUGGAAGGAGAGAGAGCAAGCUGGAAAGAACGCCCUUAUUAUCAAAGUUUAUCAAAGAAAAAUUAGUACAGAACCAUCACAUUCUCCUCUCUCUAUCCCUUUCUUCACUCCCAUUUUCAAGCUCCUUAUUCAUUAAGAAUGAUAAGAACAUUACUCUUGUCUCACAAUGGGACUUAUUGAUAGGAUCCACUCACAGUCAAUGCUAAGGAGAGGGUCUAGAGGCCUUGGUAAAGGCCCUGUCAAGAGAAUGACCACCAGGCCAUGUGAAUCUGGUCUUUGCUUCCUCAGCUUACCUGAGGUGGGACUUGGAGACUGGAAGAGAAAGGUGGGAGCAGAAAUGGCAGUCACAGAGACUCGCCAGUCUCAUUUCUUUCCAACAAGCAGGAAACUGCCAUCAGAUAAGGUCCCCUUCUCUCAUCCUUUCCUCCAAAAAUGAAAACAGUUCUUAGAGCAGAUGAGGACCCAUCCACUCAUCCCUCCCACGAGAGAUCUCCAGAGGGAAUUUGUGCUGCUAAUCGGUACCUCAGGGCUCCUCAGGUAACCUCUGAGAUCUCACUGCUCCUCUUGUUCAUGGGAGUCCAUCAUGGACACAGAAAAGGAAUUUCUCUAUUUGUACAGUGCCUGAUAAUUCUGAGCUAGUCUCUUCUAGACGGGUGGCAGAUCCUGCUGUGUGCAUUUCCAACCAUUCACCAUUGGGCUCUGGGCUUAUCCUCGAGCUAUUUCAAAGAAAUAGCAGAGGUACUUCCUGGUAGGAAUAAACAAUCAUGCUUCUCAAUUUCUAAAUGGCAGCAAAAAGUAGAGAAAAUAAUGAAAAAUCUUAUUCUAGUGACAUGAACUUACCUUUAACCCUUCACACAUGCACAUGUAUACACACACACAUAAACACACACACACACACACACACACACAAUUUCAUGGGAUUAAGAACAUAGAUCCCAGUAUUUUAUUUUCUCCAAUAAGAGAAUAAUAGGAAAAUAAUUGGGUAGACCAGUUGGCCAUAUUUGGAUGUAUGGGAGUAAUGAUCAACUUUGUAGUUCAUCUAAUUUAGGACAGCAUGCCUUAGGAACAUAGCAUUGUGAUAAUGAUUAUGAAUACACUAUGACUCAUCUUAUUGACAUCUUCAUCUAGCUGCACAGUAAAAGUCCACCAUGUUGUUUCUUUUGUAGUUUAAGUUUAGAGGGGCCUAUGAAUAUUUUCUGGUGGGUUAGAAAUGAGCUGUGGUUCAGUCCCUCCUCAUUUGUCAGCUCAAAUCACAGGGCCCAGAACGUGGUUAAGUUUUAAAAGUCUCUAGGAUUGGUAUAGGGAGGGAAGAGCUUUCUUCAAUUCACAUGUUGAUCACAGAAGCUGCCAUGUUAACAGUAAGAUUUGUUUUCCUGAAACCAAUUCAUUAAAAAAAAAUGACAUUCAAGUUACAAGAUCAUUUCAUAGUGAAAUAUUUUGAGUAAAAUAUUGUUGCUAAAGAUGGUCAUGGACAAAAGUUUUAUCAGCAAAAUGUUUCAAUUCUAUAAUAAACAAGAUGAUGCUA